AUGCAGCAGGUUGGGCGCAGGAGGCCACCCCCAUUCAACUCGCGCGCGCGCGCACACUCAGCGCCCGCUCCGCGCGGGGACCCGUCGCCAGCGAUGGCGCUUCCGCGGGAUCAGAACGGGCAAAAUCCCCCUUCGCGUAGCUCGCUCCGGGUCACCCUCAAGGUCACGCCCACGGACCACGCCCGAGGCCCGGCUCGUACAGAUCUGAGCGUCUGGAUACCGCGGUCUCGGUUCCCUCUUCAGAAUUACCAGGCCCGGCUGGGACUCUUGGUUACCUCCCCGGCCUCCCCACCCGGUUCCGCGUCCUUAGACAGCUCUCCCGGAACGGAGCUCCCAGUGCCCUCCUCGGCCUCCUCAGCACCCCUGGCACCCACCGAGCCUCACCCCCGGCCCAGGGUGAGUCGUCUGCGCCUGCGCACUCGCGCGUGGGCCUGAGCUCCCAGGAGUCUCCGGGGCGGCCCGUUAGGCGCCGCGCGGUGCUCGCUGCGGGCGCUCCCCUCCAUUUGCACCCAAGCCGACUCUAUUGCGACGUGGACUACGCUUCUUCCAGGACCCCGGCUCCCUUUUCCGUUAACCUGGUGGUCGUUUUCCAUGUGUUGCUGAGAGAUAGAAAUUAAAAAUCAAGGCCAGGACUACAGUAAGGCUGAAAUCAUUGAAGUGCUUGGAGCAGAACGGAAAGAGG